ACCCUUUUGGGUUGGAUCAAAUGUUACGAAUCCAACAUGAAUGAAAAGGACCAUUUACGACGUUCGUAGAGCGCGGCGGCUUCGAUUGCCCAUGCGUCGAUGCGGCGCCUCGCAGCCCUCUGGGUACGUCCAACAAACCUGGAACAUAAGAAGGGGAGAAGAUGAUGAGAUAAGCCGCGGGGAUUUUUGCAGGGCAGGCGUUUCCAUUUUCUUGUUUGCUUGGGCGCUUUAGGGUUUGUUUCAUCCCCUGUUUUAUACCCGUGGGUGGCGGCCUCGGUGCGUAGGGUUUAGUCGCUGCUGGUUUUCUUCCGCUUCGGCUUUCAGAUCGUUCAUCUUGUCCUGUCCCAUUUUUUCAAUCCGUUGCUACGAUUGCGGUUCCUCGUAUAGCCUCUUUAGAUGGCGGAGGUUAUGGAUAUGCCUGCAGAAGCCCUAGAUCGUGGACAGGAGAGGCAGACAGACCGGAAGGAUAAGACAUCCGAGGAACUACCGAGGAAGAGGGACAGGGACUCGAGGGAGAGGAGGGACGAGCGGGACUCUAACCGGCGAGGCGAACAUUACGAGCGGAACCGGUCUCCGUCAAGGGACCGAGACAGGGAGUACAGGCGGCGGAGCAGUCUUAGCCCUCCACCUUACGUCUCACGGGAGCGCUGGCAUUCUCCUUCUCGUCAUUCCCCUCCACCGUUCAAGCGUGGCCGGAGGGGUGAUGGACACGAUCAUCGUCGGAGUAGCCCUAGGGGUGGUUUUGGUUCCGACGACGGGAGAUUUGGUUAUGAUUAUAUUGGAAGAGGCUAUGAUAGAGGAGGCGGGAGACCUGGGUACCAUGACGAAAGGGCCCAUGGGCGGCAUGGUUAUCAAGACUGGUCUGAUUCUCACUUUGUUGAUCGCUCAAACACAAUGGGUGGCCCACAGAGGGAAGGUUUGAUGUCUUAUAAGCAGUUCAUUUUGGAGCUUGAAGAUGAUAUUCUGCCUGCGGAAGCUGAGAGGAGGUAUGAAGAAUACAGGUCAGAGUAUAUCUCAACUCAAAAGUGUACCUUUUUCGACACUCACAAGGAUGAAGAAUGGCUAAAAGACAAAUAUCAUCCAACAAAUUUGCUGACAGUCAUUGAAAGGAGAAAUGAAAAUGCAAAGGCUCUUGCAAAGGAGUUCUUGUUGGAUUUGCAGAGUGGAACAGUGGACCUCGGUCCAAGUGUCAUUGCUUUAUCAGCUAAAUCUGGGCCAGGAAGUGAGCCUAAUUCAGAAGAUGAGGCAGAUGCCACUGGCAAAAGAAGGCGCCAUGGUAGAGGCUCUGGCAAAGAAAAUGAGCUUCUUUCAGCCGCUCCAAAGGCUCAUCCAGUUAGUGGUGAACCAAGGAGGAUUCAAACUGAUGUUCUACAGGCACAGGCUCUUGUAUGGAAGCUUGAUGCUGAAAAAGGCAUUGAAGACAAUGUCCUUAGUAGUGUGGAUCAGGACAAGUUGGACGCUGAAAAAUCUCAUGGUGGAUCCAUGGGUCCCAUUGUGAUUAUACGUGGCUUGUCAACGGUCAAGGGAUUAGAAGGUGUUGAGCUAUUGGAUACUAUUUUGACAUAUCUGUGGAGGGUUCAUGGCCUGGAUUAUUAUGGUAUGACUGAAACCAAUGAGCCUAAAGGUCUGAGGCAUGUAAGGGGAGAGAGUAAGAGCUACGGUGGGGCAAAUGUAUCUUCUGCAACAGAGUGGGAAAAGAAGCUUGACACUUUAUGGCAAGGAAGAUUGCAAAGGCAGGAUCCUCUGGUAGAAAUGACAGCAAAAGAUAAAAUCGAUGCUGCUACAAUUGAAGCGUUGGAUCCUUUUGUUAGGAAAAUAAGAGAUGAGAAGUAUGGAUGGAAAUAUGGAUGUGGAGCAAAAGGCUGCACAAAACUAUUUCAUGCAGUAGAGUUUGUGCACAAGCAUCUAAAAUUGAAGCAUUCUGACCUUGUAAUGGAACUGACUUCUAAAAUUCAGGAGGAUCUCUAUUUUCAGAACUACACAAAUGAUCCCAAUGCACCCGGUGGCAUGCCUGUACUUCAACAGCCGGGAGUGAAAAACAGACCACACAGGCGAAGGCUUGGUUCAGAUGGGAUGGGUCGUCCAAGAGAGGAGCGCAGUAGUAGGAGGGAGCAUGACAGGGCUGAUAGGGUUAGUGGAAGAGAAAGAUAUGAUCGAGGUGAAAACUCACCGUCUCAUGAUUAUCAAUCUGGUGAACAUCCUGAUUCUCCGCUUCGUGAUGCUUAUGGUGGCCCUGGAAUUCGUGGUGCACCCUUCAGCUCUGAUGCGCCUCCUCCCCCGCCUGUCUUAAUGCCAGUGCCUGGUGCUGGUCCUCUCGGUCCAUUUGUUCCUGCGCCACCUGAGGUUGCAAUGCGAAUGUUACGAGAUCAAGGUGGUCCAGGUCCCUUGGAAGGAAAUGGUGGUGCACGAGGUAGGAUAGGGCGUCCAGGGCCUUCUGCUAUCGGUGCAGGUCCCAUUAUUGCUGCUGUUCCUCCAGCUUUCGGUCAGGACCCAAGACGAAUCAGGAGUUAUCAAGAUCUUGAUGCCCCCGAAGACGAAGUUACUGUCAUUGACUAUCGGAGUUUAUAGUUUAUUUUGGAUGUAGAUCAUCAUGAAAUUAGAUCGAUUCGCAGUUGGGGGGCAUGGUGCAUGCUGUUCACUGUAUCGGGAAUGAUUGUGGCCUUGAUUUUUUAUUUCUUUGUCUCUGUAUCAUAGAUGCUAUGGUGCAGCUGGAAAAUAUUUGAAUGCAAUCAUCCAUUUUUGCCC